AUGGCUAUGUUGAACCCUAUGGACUGGAUCAGAGAGAGCAGGGGCUCUCCUCGUCUAGUGCUUGUCGUUGUGUGUGUGGCCCUGCUGCUGGAUAACAUGCUGCUAACAGUUGUGGUUCCCAUCAUCCCAACCUUCCUGUAUGCCACAGAGCACCAGACACAAGAGCGCCCGUCUGCUGCCCCCUCUGAGGCUCAGCCCACCUACACCUCUGUCUUCUCUCUGUACGACAACAGCACCUACACCAGCAGCACUGCCAUCUCCUCCGGCGCUAAUGGAAGUUCAGGGCUCAAUGGCAGCUCUGCUGAGCGACACAGGUGUAAAGAGGACAGUGAGUUUUUGGAAGAGGAGAAUGUGAGGGUUGGGCUGCUGUUUGCCUCCAAAGCCCUGGUGCAGCUCAUGGUCAACCCAUUUGUGGGCCCACUGACUAACAGGAUUGGAUAUCACAUACCGAUGUUUGCUGGGUUUGUCAUCAUGUUUGUCUCCACAAUAAGGACAUUACAUCUCAUUAUUUAUCCAACUGUUUUCAAUACCCAACUCGUCCUUGCCUUCUUGGCUAUGUUUGAUGGAGCCCUCCAGCUCUGCAUCCUUCAGCCCUCAAAAAUAUCUCCAGGGAGUGUGGAAGGAACACCAUUACUCACCCUGCUGAAGGAUCCCUACAUACUCAUUAGUGCAGGGUCGUUGUGCUUUGCAAACAUGGGGGUGGCUAUUUUAGAGCCCACUCUUCCCAUCUGGAUGAUGCAAACAAUGUGCUCGCCAAAAUGGCAGCUUGGUAUGGCUUUCCUACCAGCCAGUGUUUCUUACCUCAUUGGGACCAAUCUGUUUGGAGUACUGGCCAAUAAAAUGGGAAGGUGGUUGUGUUCCAUGAUCGGCAUGCUUAUAGUCGGCAUCAGUCUGCUCUGUGUUCCCUUUGCCAAAGACAUCUAUGGGCUUAUUGGUCCCAAUGGAGGGCUGGGAUUUGCCAUUGGAAUGGUUGAUUCGUCUAUGAUAGCUAUAAUGGGUUACAUAGUGGAUAUUUGCCAUGUGUCUGUCUACGGAAGCAUGUACGCUAUUGCUGAUGUUGCACUCUGCAUGGGAUUUGCUGUUGGUCCAUCGACUGGAGGGGCCAUAGUAAGAGCCGUAGGCUUCCCCAAUCGCAUGGUGAUCAUUGGCUUUAUCAACAUCCUGUAUGCACCCCUUUGCUUCUUCCUCAAAAAUCCUGUUGUUCGGGAGGAGAAGAUGGCUAUUAUAAAUCAGGAGUGUCCAAUGCAUGUGAAGAGCUACAAUACACAGCAGGGGUACAGGGAAUUCCCUCUGAGUGAUGAAAGUGAGGAGGACACUGAAGAGUGAUGCACAUAUACUUAUAAAGGAACUUACCAACAAAUAAUCAGGACCUACGAGCAGCCCUGAUUCAAAAGGUUUAAAAUUAUUAAUAUAGCAACUUUCCCUAUCCUUCACUAUGAU